AUGCCUCCACCCACGAUCGAACCGGACGAGAACCUCUUGGUGGUGAGUUUCGACGGAUCUGCGCGAGUGAAGCGCAGCGGCGGUGCGUAUAGUGCAGUCGUGUGGAAACUCCCGGAGUGGACGGUGGUGGAAGCCAUGUCGGAGUACAUGCCGGACUUAACAGUGAACGAGGCGGAAUACCGUGGACUGAUUCUUGGUUUCGAUUUGAUCUCGACCUUAGACAAGGGGCGCGUCGUACUUUGUGGAGACUCGAACUUGGUGAUUCGUCAGAUGCAGAGUGAGAUGGAGUGCAAAGCACCAGGCCUGCAACUGCUCCGACAGAAUGCGCUGAAUCGACUACGGUCGUGGCCGAAGCACGAGUUCCUUCACGUGAAGCGUGAAUGGAAUCAGAGUGCGGACAAGUUGGCAAGAGCGACACUGCAACGAGAAGAAGGCGAAAUAGUCACCUCAGAGGACGAUCGUCAGAACUUGAUCACCCUCAACCGACUAGGCGGAAUGCUGAAGCCAAUUGGGAUUGCAGAUCUGAAGAAGUACCUCGACGGGGAAGUGGGUGCCUUGACAGCAGAAAAGGCGAAGGCAUGCUCGAAAAUAGUCGUGAAUUACGAAGUAGACGAGAACAGGAUACUCUUCUUUUGCCCCAAGACACUGCAGCAAGGCGAAGAUCGCGACGGUGUCGUCAGGAUGGUGAUACCCGACUGCUUACAGCGAGACUUCCUUCACCAUUAUCAUGCCAGUCUUGAGGGAUGUCAUCAAGGCGUCGGGAGGACGUACCGGAGGAUCCAAGCGAACUUCCACUCGCGUGGGCUGUAUCGAAGUGUACAACACUACGUGGGAAAAUGCACCGAUUGGAAGGGAAAGCCAACGGGUCAGGGAGAAUCACCAGGAAGUAUCCAGGGUACAUACCCCUUCCAGGUGAUCUCCAUGGACCACAUUCCGUCGUUGCCAAAAUCGUUCAAAGGAAAUACCGAACUGCUGAUUUGGGCCGACUUAUUCACCGGUUACGUAAUAGCCAAUGCUGGCCCGUCGAGAGAGGCGCAGGCAGUAGCUGAGAAUUACGAGGAAUGCGUCUUCCGUCGUUUCGGCGCAAGCGAAGUCAUCGGACAUGACAGGAACCGAGCUUUAUGUCGGACUUCUUCCGUGCCUUCGACCGGAUCGUGA